GUCCCUUCAAAAUAGAACCACACGCGCUUGCAACAGCAUGAGCAGCGAUGAUGAAGAUGCAGGAAGCGACAACGGUGGUGAUGACAAGCAGUCGUCGUUGCUGAAGGCGUUCUUCAGCAAGUACGAAGUCGACGUGGACGACGACGACGACGAGGCCGUGGAGGAGAUCGACUUGUCCGAGAAACAACUGACCAAAGUCCCCAGCGAACUGUGUGUGAUCCCACAACUCCAGGAAUCCCUUCGCACGCUUUGUCUGGAGAAGAACCAACUCAAAGGACUUCCAGAUGCCAUUGGCCUCCUGCAUAACCUGCACGAAUUGUACUUGCGGGAGAACGAGCUCGAGUCACUGCCGGCCGCGCUCGCCAAACUCACGCACCUCGACUCCCUCUACCUCGAAGACAAUGCGUUGUCCGAGUCUGGGUUUCCCAACGAAAUACACACACUCGCUCGUUUGAAAGGUUUGUGUCUGCAGCGCAACAAACUCACGCGGGUGCCGCUUCCGCUGCUGUCCCUGGUGGCGUUGGAAGAGCUGUACUUGGACGCCAACAGCAUCAAUGAACUACCGUCUGAAAUCGGUCAAUUGGUCAACUUAAAGGAACUGGACAUCCCCAACAACAAGUUGCGGACGUUGCCCAAGUCGUUUGUGAACCUCGUCAAGCUCGAAAUCCUCCAUCUCGAAGGCAACGCCUUGGACAAACUCCCCAAAGAUCUCGGCGCCCUCAUCUCCUUGCGCAAGGUGUACCUACAGGACAACAUGUUAACCAAACUCCAUGCUUCUCUGGGCCGAUGCACUCGGCUGGAAGUGAUCAACAUCGAAAACAAUAGCCUGACCAAAGUCGCCAAACGCAUCGGCGACCUCCCUCGGCUCAAGCACUUGCUUUUAGCUGGCAACCACCUCGAGAGCCUCCCGUUCAAUCCGUACGAAAAGCUCGGCGGACUGCGCCGACUUACUCUCACGGGGAAUAAAUUGUCGCCGGAACUCAUGAAGUUGGAGGGCGGCGCGCCGUCGAGCGCCGCCGCGAUUGCCGAAACAGACGAAGACGACGACGGAUGAUAUCUCAUACAUACUGUAACGAGGCCACGAUCGAUGGACCAACUAUAACAGUUUAGAAGAUAACUAAGAGAACGACGCUUUGUAAUACUACA